AUGUGUGGUUCCGCGCGAUCCUUGCGCCUCAGUGCAGUGGCCCAGCCUUCUGAGGCGGAGCGGAGCGUCGUGACAACGGUUGUCGGAGUUCCCUCGGGGGAUGACGUUGCCCCGCAGCUCAUUGUGGAGGUUCACUCGCGUUCAAACCGGAAACCAGUCGUAGCAGCCAGAGUUCACAUUGCCACAGCUUCAUAUUGCCGUUUCGCGUCAGGGAGAACAUUUGCGCGACCCUCUCCCGGGCGCGGCGCCUUGGUGCCUCCAUGGUCCACCGCCCACAGACAGGCCAGUGCGCACGCGCUGGCCCGCCCAGGAGUCCUGCCAAUCCACGCGGCGCAGCGCGCCCGCCGGGCCCCGCCUCCCCGGGAGCCUAGUGGGAAGCCUGAGUCGACAGCCGCGACCCGCGGAGCCGCUCUGCACAGGUGUCUAACCGAACAUGCUGACACUUGGGAUGUAGCUUUGUCAUGGACUGCUAGAGCAUGGGGUAAAAAAUGUGUGUUUCAGCAUAAUAUUCAUUUAGAAGAACUAAAAAUGGUCCAUCCUAAAUUUAAUGGUAUUGGUGAAAAUAUAUGGGUCGGCCCAGAAAAUGAAUUUACUGCAAGUAGUGCUAACAGAAGUUGGUAUGCAGAGAAGACAAAGUACCGUUUUGAAAAUGUCAGUUGCUCUGAUGACUGUUCUAAUUAUAUAUAGCUUGUUUAGGACAAAUCUUACAAAAUUCGUUGUGCUGUUACACCAUGUCCAAUAAUUGGACAUAUUAAACAUGCAGCAAUUUUCAUAUGCAACUAUACACCAGGAGGGACUCUGUCCAGAAAGCCUUAUAAGCCAGGAAUAUUUAGUACUCAAUGUAGCAGAUAUGACAGAUGCACAGAUUUUCUAUGCAGUAAUGCAGAUCAUGAUGAAGCCAUAUAUUACCGAUUUUGGUAUCCAAGAUGGGAAGUGCCCCGGCCAAUUGUGUGUGAUCCACUGUGCAUAUUUGUAAUCUUACUGAGAAUGAUACGUUUUUCAAUAUGUACCAUAAUUGUAUUGCUCAUACAGUCUCAGUUUCCAAAUACAUUAUUGGAACAACAGUUGGUAUAUGCCUCUGGGGUAGCUGAAGGGAAGCCAGAACAUGAAGAGAUAGAGGUAGAGCUGGAGGAAGACGUGGAAAAGGAGGAGGACAUACUGGAGGAAGAGGAAGAGGAAGAGGAAGAGGCACAGUGAAGAGGAAGGGAGGAGGUUGAGGAAGAAGAGGCAGUACAAGAUUUAUCAUAG